GUGUUAGAAUGAAUGGGCCUAGAAAUACAAAAAGGAUACUUAACGAAAUGGCGUCGGAGCACAACAGGCUCCAGAUGUUGGGAGGUAAACGGAACUGGCCGGGUGUGAUCAGUAAGGGCAUGCUUCUUUUGGACAAAGAAUCUCCUUUCUGUCAGCCCUCUUAUGUUUUAAGUAACGCUGAAAUGAAAAAACGGCUCAAGAAAUUGGAAGAGGAAAAAAAUGCAAAGCCUAGUCUGCUAUGUUUGCCCAGACAUUUUCUAAAGGAUGUUUUGAAAAAAUUGAGUCCCGAAGACGUGGCAGUGAUAUCUCGGACGUGUAGAACUUUGAAGCAGCUGACAGAUGAAGGCGGAUACAGAGGCAAAGAGGUUUAUCUGCAUGCAAGAAAAAUUAAUCGAUCUCAAAUUGUUGAUCUUCUGAAAAAGGAAAUAGGCUCAUUGACAAUAUCAAUGAUCAAUACUCCACAUGACAACUGCAGUAACGAAUUGAUACCUGAAGGAACAGUGUUCUCCUACCUGACCUACUUGAAAAUUUUACCUAUCUCCUUUUUGAGUCGAAACCAAGAAUUGUUUUAUGAACAAGUGAUCAUAGCAUGUCCAAAUUUGAAGCACUUGAUUUUGCGUGGAUUCAGAACUGUUCCAAUUGAAAAUGUGUUGUCUGCCAUGUCCUGCAAAAAUUGUUUAUACGAUUUGACUAUUUUGAACAUUGCUGGUUGUGAAAAUAUUGACAUUUAUGUCUUUUCUCAAUUUCUGCAGCUGUGCAAUGUACUCGAACGCUUGGAUAUUAGUGAUAUUAAAAGCCUCGAUAGAGAUUCUAACUUGAAUAUGGUUCUCUUCGCGCUUCCGGAAAGUCUGCGUUAUCUGAAUAUGAGUGGUUACUCUCAUUUUCUGGAGCAACACCUGGCUCCAAUGGCAAUCAGAUGUGGUCAAUUAAAGUAUCUAAUUCUUGCGAACUGUUCGAGUCUUUUCCUAGCGAAUGAAGGAUUAUACAAUCUGCACUCUUUGAAAUCACUUGAGUGCGUUCGUUUUGAUGAAUGUCGACUAAUAGAAUACGAAGAUUUGUACGUGAUACUGGAGUUGAGCGCUGGUAUCAGGGAAGCUAGUGGUCCUCCUUCACCAUUGGAGAAAGAAGACUUGAAGUUACCACAAUUCGAAAGACCCGAGUGUUAUCUCGUUCAAACUAGAGACAACCAAGCUGUAAUGUAUAAUCAGCGGCGUAGAGUUUGGCGAGACUGGAGAAUGUUUGAUCUGAAGUUUGAUUCGGAUCCGGUCUAAGCAGGGCGUAGCAGUAGGUCAAGAAAAUAGUCAAAAAUUAUGCCAUAAAGCUCGAAUGAUCUUUAUCCGUAUGUUAUUAACAGUAAUGGACGCAGUGAAUGCUCUUGUAUAGGUCUUGGUGAUUUUUUCAAGUUUUUUUCAAGUUUAGACUUUUUGCGUUUUGACUUCUGGUUUCUUUUCAAGUUCAUUUCAUUUUGUUUAUUAGUACGAACAUUCUUUUUUUUUCCAGCCUAAGUCGCAAAUAAAAGUGCUACUUUUGGUGGCACUUUGAACGGUAGGCUGCUGUAGCAGUAUAGGGUCAUAUUUGCUUUAACAUUUGAUUAGUAAAAAGUUAACACAGUUGAUGCAUCUUUUUUUCAUCACAUGAACCGAAAAAAAGUUAUUGUUUGAAACGGCAGUACAAUGAUAAAGAGCUCGAUUUCAGAAA